AUGUCUGAUUCUGACGAGGGGACACAACUUACUACCACUAUCGCGCCUUUAGAUGACUCGGACUUCGAUGCACCACCGGUUGAAGAAGAAAAACAACCUGAAACUAAACCAAAAACCCGAGGCUCCGAUUUCGAUGAACUAUUUGGUUCAGAUAAUGGCUCUUCAGUCGGAGGCGGUAUGCCCCUUGACACCCAAGAGCUAUUUGGUUCUGGAAGUGAACGUUCAAGAGAAGGAACACGUACUUCUUCGCCAAAACAACAUUCAGUAGAUCACGAAACAGAUUAUGAAGAAGUCUUUGGUUCACCGGACGUAGAGAAAUCACCCCUAUUGGUUCUUCCUAAUAAACACCGUGCUGAUGCUCAUAACAGAAAGAUAUUCUUGGCAAAAUUACCCACAUUCCUAGCAGUAAAUUCAAAAAAAUUUGAUCCGCAUACAUAUAACGAGAACGAAGAUGUUAGUGAUGUCGCGAACAUGAUACGAUGGCGCAACGCUCAAGAUGAAUCCACGGGGGAGUUGAAAAAGCAAUCAAACGCUGCUUUUGUCAAAUGGUCGGACGGCUCAAUGUCUCUCUUAGUCGGUGAAGAAAUCUUGGACAUAAAUAUCACCGAAACAGUCGAUUCACAAGAAUACCUAAUGUCUAGUCAUCUAAUGACCAAGAAAUCGCCUAUGGCCUAUCAGAUGAAACUGAAAAAUAAAAUGUCAUUCCGUCCUUCGACAACAAGUGGUGCUACACAUCGAAGAGUAACAGCGUCGAUUGCGUCACGACAUGUAAAACAUCAGCGAACAAAAAUAAUCCUGACAGAUAAAGAUCCUGAGAUGGUGAAAAAAGAAAUGGAAAAGGCUGAGAAAAUAACGCGGGUCAAGCGUAGAACUGGCAGUGGGGCACGAAGAGAUUACAAUAGAUCGCGUCCCUCAUCUGACGGCUACAACAGAUACGACCGAGAUGAAUACGACUCGAAUGAAGAAGAAAGUCGUGCUGCACGCCGUGCAAUGCGAAACAACGAUUCAUAUGAUGAUGAUACUGGAUUUGUCGCAACCGACGAGGAAACUGAAGAACGACCAAAGCGGGGAAAAUCUCGAACCACUACAAAAUCCACAUCAUCAUCAUCUAAAAGAAAGCGGAAAAAUGUUAGUGAAUCUGAGGAAGAUGAAUAUGAUGUGGAAAACGACGAAGAAGAACUUGAAGAGCCGCUGAAUUAG